CGUUAUUAACGAUAAUUUUCUUUUGCUUUUUGCAGAAAGAAACGUGGCGUUCUAGAAUACUUGGACUUGUGCACGGAUCCUCCCGUCUCUUUGCACGCAUCUUGUUACACGAGAAUGCCCUCGUACACGCAAUCGGCGUGCGAUUGCUAUUGCAGAACUCGCGUGCCGAUAGCCCGGCGAAGGGAGGAAAUUCAAUCCGAAAGAAGUCGCGCCAGAGGGUCCAGGAGCUCGGUUCUUAAAAUGGCAACUGCCAGAAAUGCUGCUAAAAGAGUUCCAUUGAUCGCCGCGAAAGUCGUUAGCGACGAGCAGCUUGACAGCAAGAGAUCCACCGUGACGCUUCCUGUUUCCCCAGUUCUCAGUCCAGGAACAACGGCGACCCUCGAGAAUGUAGAGAAACUGAUUAAAGACGCAGAGAUUCAGAUGAAGGAAAUAAGUAUGACCGCCAGCUGCAGUCGUUUCCAAAACUCCAUAAAUGUACGUCCAGACGAGGCGACGUUCGACGACGAGAACGAUCAAUUGCUAUACAUACGCGAGUGUGUCGCUUAUAAAUUCCAAGAGGCGAACGGCUUGAUCGAUACAGCCUGCGGGAACAACCAUCGAAGGUUCAACAACGAAGAACGUGACGCGAUCGAGCCAACCAGCAAAAGACUCGUCGAUCUCUCAGCCCCGAAAUUCCAAACCUCUGAAGACCGUUACGAGAAAUACUCGCGACAGAGGAGACUGGAUAUUCAGAAGUUGGGACUUGCUUCAUCUUACUCGAUAGACGACCCGCCUAUCGGCGAUGACGAGACAGUAAAGAAAAUGGACGAUCGAGCGCGCUCUCCGCUCGGAAAAGAAACGGGGAGAGACGCGAGAAUGGAUGUGUUUUCAGUUCGCACGGGCCCGUCGGUGAACAUCAAAGGGGACCUAGUCGCCCAAAAUGUAGGAAACAUUCACAUCCCGCCAGAUCCAAGUUUCACUCGGGAAAAUCAGAACGUCGGGACUUACGUGGUUCGUCACGAGUUUCAUCGCGCGAAGAACGAGUGUUCGGGGAGGCGGGAGAAGAUCGCGAGGAUAACGGAAGAGGAUGCGAAAGAUGCUGAAAAAUCGAAGAAGAGAAAUACCGAGUCUAACGAUGUAGCGCGUGUCCCUGAAAAGUCGGAGAGGUCAGGAUCUGCUGAUGUUUUAACAAAUAUCGAGAAGCUAGAUAAAAAUGUGGAGAACGUAUGCGAAACAGAGAGUUCUUCGAUGAAAGAUUCUGAAAACGGGAAGAAUUUCGAGUCGACGAACUUCUGUCACGACGGAAGCGUGCCGAGAGAAAAUCUGGAAGUACCGGCGCGAGGAAUUUCGAACGACAGUGUCGCGAGUGGAACACUCGAACAACAAGAGGCUGUCAAAAUAACUUUCAAAAGCGAACAGAAACAGGUGAGAUUCGAGGAGAGCAACGAACUCCUUCGAAAGGAGAAAACCGUGAAUCCAUUGGGAACAGAGUGUCGUAAAAAUCGGCUAGAAACAGAAGAAGCUACGAGAAUCUUGGAAGCGAAGAAUCUAAGAACACGUUCAACGCCCAUCGAGUUGGAAGCUCGGCGAAUUGCGAACGAUAAGACCGAACAAUAUGAAUAUUCUUCGAAGCAGUUGAAAGCUAAUGACGAACACACUCCGUUGUCGAGUAGAGAAAUAGCGGAGAAACAUAAAAGAAAUACAGAAAAACACAGAGAGAUCCGUGAAGAUCGAUACAGAGAAAUAGACGAACAAUCGGAUAAUCUCAAUUUAUACGAACCUUGCAUUAACGAAUUGGACGAUGUUUUGAUUUCGUACGACAAGAUAAUUGGGAACAUUGUCCAGUCGACGAGAACGAUCGAUAGAUUUUUGUCGCGGCCAGAAUUGCAAGAAUAUUGCGUAGAAAAUAGUGAGGGAGGAGAGAUCGCUAGGAAAUCUAAUAAUCCGGUGUCUUCGAACAGAGAGAAAAUCGCGGAAACAGAGACCGAUAAUUCAUUCGAUUCGCAGCGUAAGCAAAGUGCAAUGGAUCUACUUCGUUCUCGAGAUGGAAGUAUUGAAAUGAGAAAUUCGAGGAUCAAAUCGGACGGAGCUCGGGAACGAAGUUCACCACAAACUGAAUUGAGAAAAUGUCGCAGCCGAAGUUCGAAGGAGAAAUUAAAAAAGCUAGGGGUAGCUCGAAGUAGAGGUCCCGCGAUCGAAUCGAAAGAAUCUCCGAUCUUCGAUCGAAAUUCGAUUGGAGACCGGUCACUGGUUGCGAACGAAAUGGAACGAGUUGAAGCCGCGACGCUUCUAUCAUUAAAAACGUUUUCGUUGGCAAACUUCGAUGGUGAUAAUUCGAAGAGAAGGGGCAUUUCGGACGAACCUGCGACAAAAAAUUUGAAAAUGAAAGACCGACCAGCUUGGGAUCGGUCAGCUUGGGAGAGGAGAGCUUCGAGCGAAGGAACCACCGCAGAAACGAGCGAGGACAACAGUAGAAACAGCGAGACGAAGCAAACGUUCCCUCGUAAAGCGCGUUUAUUUCGAAUCGUGAACGAUAGUUCCAGCCUAACUGCCUCAUCGAUCUGUCCACUGACCUCUAGCACAGGCACGAAGAGCGCGAACGAUACAAAAUUGUCGGGAGAGACGUCCAAGUUAUCCGACAACGGCGAGUUCCUCGAGGAGGGGGCAAUUUUGAAAAGAAAUCCUUCAGAAACGAACAAAGAAGAGGCUGAACGAGAUGAUCGUUUGCAGAAUGUCGUUUCUUCGGAUGUUUUGAAGGGGAUCAUCCUCGAGAAAGGAAAACUGCAGAAUCUCAUUACAAGUCUCGUUAAUCGAGAAGACACGAGAUUCGCGGAAGACAAAGCGAGAAAUAUUCUCGGCGUGAACGAAAUCGUUGUUCCGGUGUCCUUAAUUAAAAGUUUGCUGGAACGCUUGGAGAACGACGUGGCGUGCCCUGAAAAUUUGCGAUCGUUGAUUUUCGAACGUUCGCCGGCAGAUAACAACGUGGCCUCGACGGAUGUGGAGAGCAAAUCUGAGAAGCGGAAUUCGCUGUUGGAACUUCCAUUGGCCGGGAAUUCCGCCGCGACGGAAUUGGAGGGGAGACGCAACGAAGGAGGAACUGCCUCGGAUAAAUCCGAGGGUCGCAAAGACACCACCGUCGAAUCGAUUCCUCGUCGCGAGGGGCAAUCGGUUUCGAAAUGUGACGAGAUCGCGUCGACAGGUGAACGUACCGGAGACGGAGAAGCGGAUAAAGCAAGUUGCGUUAUCGAGCUAGAAGGAAGCUCGAAGAUAGAGAACAAGGAAAUCGACGGUACGAGAAGUAAUUUCGAAAGGGACAGUGAAAACGGCGUGGAUUCACGGACGAAGAGCGACGACGAAAAUCUGAUCUCCGCGAGAACUGAUACUAAUGUUGCUGACGAGUCGACCGCGAGUGAACGAUGCCGGAUCACCGAAACAUUGAAGGAUAGUUUACCACACGAUGUUAGUAAAGAGGAAAUAAAUUUGAUAGAAAAUGCUGGCAAAAGCGAGGAGAAUUUGUUGAAGCCUGGUGAUUCCGAAGAUUCGAACGAGAACUUGGUGGUUUCCGGUGGAAGAAUAGAAAGUUUCGUAGAGCCACAUUCGAUUGAGAAUACAGGGGACGAUGACGGCUUCGUGAAAAAAAUUUCACAGGAUUCGUCCGAUUCUUUGCGCGACUGCGCAUCCCUUCGAUCUUCCUUGAGAUCUUCGCCGAAUAAUACGAAACCUUCGCAGCAAGCCAGUGAAUUAAAACGGACAGAGACGAGUAAUGCGAACAACGAUAAAAUAGAAAAGAGAAACAGUCCGCAUUUCGACGGUAUGUUUGAGAAAGAGAAAAUCUUAUCAGACGUGUACGAUGAAAUGAACAAGAAGCUCUUCUCUUCUACUUGCCUCGAUGCUAACACCAACCAUUCGAGCUUUCUCAAUCAACAAAGGUUGAAAUUUCGUCUGAUACAUCUCACUCCGAAGGGGAAUUGUACAUGCCAAGUUCCGGUUCUUAUUCUCUCGGGGAAAUUCGCAUGCUGACAAAGAGUCGAUCAGACAGCGAAAACAUCGAUAAUUUCGAUAGUAACGUAGCCAUUUUCGUUACGAAAGAGAUGUUGACUUCUUGGAGCGAAUCUUCAAAGUCCCUCGUGCAAAGCAUGGGAGAAAUUUAGAAUUGCUGAUUUGAUCGAGAAGGCGCGUCCGUGCAAAGUAUAUUUCGACAUGACCACGUACGUUUCAAAUAUUACAAUUGAAGAUGCAACGGCGGUGACACACCUAUUAUUUAUGAUU